AUAUAUCCUUCAAGGCAAAGUUUUGAACUUAGUGGGAAAAACAUAUAAUCUCAAAAAGUAAAGGCGAAGAAUGAAGAAACAGAUUUUGUGUAGUAAAUACCUUUUGUACGGUGGGUUUACUUGUUCGAAGAUUCGCCAUAGUUGUAUUCGGCAAAUUUCAGAAUCAACUUGUUUCAGCUUUGGCACGUUUGCAACUCCAGAAGCUAUCUUCAAAGAUUGUGAUAUUUCAGAAUUUGAGGAAUGGGACGCUUCUGGCUUUAAUGAUUCUUUUCAAGUUGACCGUUCUCGCUACAAUGAUUUACUCAAGAGAUGCACCCAGAUGGGGAAGCUUCGAGAAGGAAGAAUCGUCCAUGCCCUUUUACUGAAUUCCCAGUUCAGAGAUGACCUCGUUAUUCAGAACACUCUACUCAACAUGUAUGCAAAGUGUGGUAGCGUAGUGGAUGCUCGUAAAGUGUUUGAUAAAAUGCCACUUAAGGAUAUGGUUACUUGGACUGCCUUGAUCACUGGAUAUUCUCAGAAUUAUCGAGCACAAGAGGCGCUGGAUUUGUUUCCCCCAAUGCUACAACAUGGAUUGAAACCGAACCAGUUCACUCUGUCUAGUUUGUUGAAGGCUUCUGGAGAUGGUCUGUCCAGUGAAAAGCAGGGUAGGCAGCUUCACGCAUAUUGUGUGAAAUGUGGUUGUGAUUCUAAUGUUUAUGUGGGUAGUUCUCUUUUGGACAUGUAUACUAGGUUUGGCCUUAUGGUUGAAGCUCAGUUAAUCUUUGAGGGUCUGGUGAGCAAGAAUGAGGUGUCUUGGAAUGCUUUGAUUGCUGCUUAUUCCAGGAAAGGUGAUGGAGAACAUGCCAUUAAGCUCUUCCGUGAAAUGCAAAGAGAUUAUUUUAAGCCUACUCAUUUUACGUAUUCUAGUUUGUUUACAGUUUGUGCCAGCACAGGGUCUUUGGAACAGGGCAAGUGGGUUCAUGCACAGGUCAUUAAGUCCGGUGGUAGACUUGUUGCUUUUGUUGGAAAUACUCUUGUUGACAUGUAUGCAAAAUCAGGUAGCAUUGAGGAUGCAAAAAAGGUUUUUGAUAGGUUGGUUAAGCGAGAUGUAGUUUCUUGGAACUCAAUGCUUACUGGAUACGCACAACAUGGGCUCGGGAAGGAAACGCUGCAGCAGUUUGAAGAAAUGCUGAGAAUUGGAAUUCAACCGAAUGAUGUAACCUUCCUUUGUGUUCUGACCGCUUGCAGCCAUGCUGGUCUUUUGGAUGAAGGACAACACUAUUUUGAAUUGAUGAAGAAGUACAGGGUAGAGCCAGAUGUUUCACAUUAUGUGACAAUGGUUGAUCUUCUUGGUCGUGCAGGUCUUUUUGAUCGAGCAGAGAGGUUCAUAAGAGAAAUGCCUAUCCAGCCUACUGCAGCUGUGUGGGGAGCCUUGCUUGGUGCUUGUAGGAUGCACAAGAAUAUGGAGUUGGGUGCUUAUGCUGCUGAACACAUUUUUGAGCUUGAUCCUCAUGAUUCGGGUCCCCAUAUAUUGCUAUAUAAUAUGUAUGCCUCUGCUGGUAGAUGGAAUGAUGCUGCAAAAGUGAGAAAGAUGAUGAAAGAGAAUGGAGUUAAAAAGGAACCUGCUUGUAGUUGGGUGGAAAUUGAGAAUGCAGUCCACGUGUUUAUUGCAAAUGAUGAUGCUCACCCACAAAGGGAAGAGAUUGGUAAGAUGUGGGAGCAAAUGAGCAUAAAAAUCAAGGAGAUAGGAUAUGUCCCAGAUACUAGUCAUGUGCUUUUGUUUGUGGACCAGCAAGAAAGGGAGGCAAAGUUGCAGUAUCAUAGUGAGAAACUUGCUCUCGCAUUUGCGCUGCUUAACACCCCUCCGGGAUCCACCAUUAGGAUCAAGAAGAAUAUUAGGGUCUGUGGGGAUUGUCAUUCAGCAAUCAAAUAUGUCUCCAAGGUGGUAGGAAGAGAAAUCAUUGUCAGAGAUACUAAUCGUUUCCAUCAUUUUCGCAAUGGAUCAUGCUCGUGUGGCGACUAUUGGUAGUGCUUAUUUUUAGUGUCUUAUCAAUCAGAUUUGUCUCAAUAGACAAAAGGCAUUGUUAAAGAGACGCUAACCCACUACAAGAUGAUCUAAUAUCUAACUUGGCUGGAACUAAACAUGAUUAUUCUAUUCUAUCUCCUGAUUUGAACACAACGGUUUUCCACUUGAGCGUUACAGGAGGAAACUAUGGAUUGAGUGGAUAAUGAAUAAAGGGUGCAUAAAUUGUGUGAAAAAGACAACUGAACUGCUAUAAAUUGAGAAAGUUGUAAAGAAAGAACAACCCUCAGCUCUCUCUUCAAGAUUACACCAAGUUGAAAGCUUUUUCUUAAAGUUGAUGCAGAACCACGAUUUGAGGAUUCAAGUAUCAGCAGCUUGGUAGAUGGAAAAGUCUAUGUGCACAUUGAAAAACAUUUGUUGGGGGAACAAAGAAGGAAAGAUAGAAUUUGUUACAAGAUCAGAACAGGUCCUGAUUUUUUGGUUGAUUUUAUCUAUCAAUAUACAAAAAGGUUGUUUCUUUAUGUCUUUAAUUUGCUUAAAAACAUACCCUUUGGAUCACGAGACUUGAACCAAAUUGAGGAAUAUCAUCAUCAUCCCAAUAGCUUUUAGAAAUCACAUAAAUUUAUACAUACAUUUCUUCAAAUAUUGAAACGUAUGAAAUGUGAGUCGAGGACUAAACAUCACAUGGUGAUAAUGUGAGGCGACAAAUGAGGAAAGGAGUGUGGGAGAAAGAAAGAGCUGGACUUGGGAGGUGUCGUUAGAUACCAAAUUGAGACAAAAUCAAAGGGUUAGAAUGGAGAUGUGAUCAACGAAAAAUAUGGUUUUUUUUUUAAUUUUUUUUGCUUGUGGGAUUUUAGAAACUAAAAAGGAGAGAAAAGAACGCAAGAAAAGGAACUAAUACCAACUCAUCGGUUUCAUUUGAUUCUGGCAAUGGAGAGAGAGCGAAAAAGCGUGAGAGAAUACUCUGUGGUUGGAGACGGUUUAGCUUAAAAUGGCGUAGCGUGUGAGAAAAAAACUGUUUGUUUUUUUUUUUCUUUCUUUUUUUAUUUAUUUAUUUUAAUUUGAUUUUAUAAUCAUCAUUCUUAUUCAGCAAAACGUUACAAUCUCAACAACAGCUUCACAUUCACCUUCACAGUAUCCUCUGCCUUUUGCUUUAGAGUCAGAGAAAAAAAAAAAAGGCCUUCCAUUUUCAUGGACCAUGACAGAAAGAAGAGAUCAAGAACAUCACCAGAAGGAGAUCAUCAACAAGAUUCCCAGUCCAAGCACUUGUUAGAUAAGAAGAAGAAAGCCAAGAAGACUAGUCAUAAUGAUAACAUCACCACCAAUUGUGGCAGUACAAGUUACAUCUCACCGGAUCAUGAUUCCAAUGAGGUGUCUCAGGGAGUUUUCGAUUUCCCAUGGCUGAAAGAUGGUGUUGUUUCGAAAUCAGACGAGUUGAAAUUUGAAGAUGCCUUCUUGUCACAGCUCACAAACACUUCCAACUCCAUCACCACCACCACAGGUAUAGAAUUUUCUUUCCCGGGUCAGUGUUUGUUUCAAACUCCAGUUGAGGCAAUGCUGGACUUUCCAGAAGAAAAGUUUGACCAGGAAAACUUGCUCGAGGAAGAUGAUGGUGGUGAUGGUUUGGAGAAAGAGAAUUUGGACUGCCUUUGGAGCUCUUUGCUUAACCAGCCACUACUUGGGCAACACAAUUGAAAUUUCUUCCCUCCACGAUUUGUUUUACACCAAAAUAUGGAACAGAAACUUAAAUAUUUAUAUGUUAUAGUUACAUAAUAAUAUAUACACAGUUAAUAUUUGCUAGCAUAACACAUAUUGAUUUGAUAAUAUUUGGCAUAAAGGACACGCUUAAAUGCAAGAACAGAAUAUCAAAGAUGACAAUUUUUGAAUUGUUUUUUGGUGGAA